UUUUUGCCUAGAGCCGUUCGCGCCGACCGUUGUCCUUCGUAGCCGUUCUAUUGUCCGGCUUCAUAUAACUGAAAACCAUUCUACAUAUAACACCGUUUUGAGCUUGCAAGCAAGACAGUAUUCAAAGAAAUUAGAUGCAGCGUCAACGAUGGUUUUCGCUGAAAACGUCAACAUUGGGAAUGACAGACCUCGCCACCGCAGAAGGACCUGCAGAAGCCCCCGAAGUGCCGGUCCCGUCGGUCGCGAUGGGCGACACGGCCGAGGAGCGUCGACUGUCGGAGGACCGGUCCCGCACCGCCAACUGGAAGCGCUGGGGCCCCUACCUCAGCGAGCGCCAGUGGGGUACCGUGCGGGAGGACUACAGCGCUGAUGGAAACUGCUGGGACUACUUUAGCCACGACCAGGCGCGCUCCCGUGCGUAUCGCUGGGGCGAGGACGGUCUUCUGGGCAUCACCGACCGCCAGUGUCGGCUCUGCUUCAGCGUGGCGCUGUGGAACGGCAAGGACCCCAUCCUCAAGGAGAGGCUGUUCGGUGUCACCGGACCAGAGGGUAACCACGGUGAGGACUGCAAGGAGUGCUACUACUACCUGGACUCGACGCCGACCCACUCGUACAUGAAGGCGCUGUACAAGUACCCGCAGAGCGAGUACCCGUACCAGCAGCUGGUUCAGGCCAACCAGGAGCGGGGCAUCCACCAGCCGGAACUGGAGCUUGAGGAUACCGGUGUGUUUGACGAGAGCCGGUACUGGGACGUGACGGCAGAGUACGCCAAAUCGUCACCCAACAACGUGCUGAUUCAGAUCACAGUGGCCAAUCGGGGCCCCGAGGACAGCACCAUACACGUCAUACCGACACUAUGGUUCCGCAACACAUGGUCCUGGGGCUGCACCCACGAGGGGUGCACGAUGAAGCCUCGGCUGGCAAGUGACGGGCCGUCCCGGGUGCGGUGCACCCACGAGACGCUGCACCCCUACUGUUGGGAAGUGGGGGAGCACGACGGGAAGGCGCCUGAGCUUCUCUUCACGGAGAACGAAACCAACCACAGCCGGCUGUUUGGCGGACAGAACCGGACGCCGUUCGUCAAGGACUCCAUCAACGAAUACGUGGUGCACGGUAAGAAGGAGUGCGUCAACCCGAAGGAGAAGGGGACCAAGGUGGGCGCCCACUACGUGCUGCACGUGCCGGCUGGUCAGAGUGUCACACUGCAGUCGCGGCUCUACCAGGAGGACGAAGCUGUUACACCAGCCCUAGGGGAGGAUUUCAACACCAGCUUCAACCAGCGAAAAUCAGAGGCCGACGACUUCUACGCGGCGGCCAUCCCGGCGCGGCUGAGCGCCGAGGAGACGAACGUGGCGCGUCAGGGUCUGGCCAGUCUGUUGUGGACCAAGCAGUUCUACCACUAUGUGGUCAAGGACUGGCUGGAAGGCGAUCCGGACCAGCCGAAGCCGCCGCAGCAGCGCCUGCAGGGCCGCAACAGCGACUGGAUGCACCUCUUCAACCGGGACAUCAUCUCCAUGCCCGACAAGUGGGAGUACCCUUGGUACGCGUCGUGGGACCUGGCGUUCCACAUGAUACCUUUCGCGCUAGUGGACAUCGACUUCGCCAAGGACCAGCUAAUGCUUUUCCUCAGGGAGUGGUACAUGCACCCCAACGGACAAAUACCAGCGUACGAGUUCGCGUUCGACGACGUCAACCCGCCAGUGCACGCCUGGGCCGUGAAGAAGGUGUUUAAGGCGACCGGGCCGCCGCGGGAGCGGGACACCCAGUUCCUGGCCCGGUGCUUCCAGAAGCUGAUGCUCAACUUCACCUGGUGGGUCAACAGGAAGGACCCCCGCGGAAAGAACAUCUUCUCGGGCGGCUUCCUUGGACUGGACAACAUCGGUAUCUUCGACCGCUCCAAGCCGCUGCCGAUCCAUGGGGAGCUUGAACAGGCUGACGGCACGGCCUGGAUGGCCUUCUACUGCGUCAUUAUGCUCGACAUGGCGCUGGAGCUGGCCGAGGUCGACCCCACCUACGAGGACAUGGCGUCCAAGUUCUUCGAGCACUUCAUCCACAUCAUGGACGCCAUCAACAGCGCCGGACAGGGAGAGGGACUGUGGGACGAGCAGGACGGCUUCUACUACGACUUCAUCAGGACCGACAGCGGCACCUCGAUCCCGCUGCGGGUCAGAUCCAUGGUCGGACUGAUACCGCUCUUCGCGUGUCUCGUGCUCGAGGGCAAGCGCGUCAAGAAACUCACCGGCUUCUGGAAGCGCACCGAGUGGUUCAUGGUGAACCGAAAAGACCUCUUCGGCAGGGUGGCGUACAUGACGUCAUCAGAGGACGGUCUGGGUAACUUCCUGCUGGGAAUACCCACCGAGAAGCAGCUGGUGCGCGUGCUCGGCUACCUGCUCGACGAGGAAGAGUUCCUCAGCCCCUACGGCAUUCGGUCACUCUCCAAGAAGCACAAGGACCACCCAUUCGUCGUGCACCUGAACGGCGACGAAUACUCCGUCCCCUACGUCUCCGGGGAGUCCAACACGCACCUCUUCGGAGGCAACUCCAACUGGCGCGGUCCCAUCUGGCUGUGUGUCAACUUCCUGCUCAUCGAGGCGCUCGACCGCUACUACUUCUUCUACGGGAAGCGGCUGCGCGUGGAGUGCCCGGUGGGCUCGGGGCAGCAGAUGACCCUGAGAGAGGUGGCCUGUGAGCUGGCGAGUAGACUCAUCAAGCUGUUCCUGCCCGGCCCGGACGGAAAGCGGCCCUGUCACGGCGACUCGAAGCGGUACGCCGAGGACCCGUUCUGGCGCGACCUGGUGCUCUUCUACGAGUUCUUUGACGGCGACAGCGGCCGUGGCUGCGGCGCCUCGCACCAGACCGGCUGGACGGCGCUGGUCGUCAACUGCCUCAUGAUGAAGCUCGGCAUGAGACACGCCGGCCUCGCCUGGCGCUACGAUCCCGUCGAGUGACACGCUGAGUUUCCCGCCAGGUCAGGUCACCAGUCAGUGAUGAGGAUGGGCCCGAAGGACUCGUCAUAACUAGUUCACAGGUCGGCUUACCUGGUCUAGACGAGGGAAGUAGUGCGAUAAAUCUGAAGACCGGCGGCGGCGGGAUGACAACAACAUAUCGAUUGAAGACGACGGGACAUGGGAAGAGCGCCCGGAAAGGUUCCAAAAGUCGCGGCAAAUAUGGGGGCCACUGGACUCAGACUGAAGUGAUCAGGGCAGUCCAGACAAGGUCAGAAACAUGCGACGAGACAUGGCGGCGUUCACUUACAAACAAGAACAGUGCCAAGGAUCGCGUGCCUUCAUUCCGUGGAAAGAACAUUCCUAUUCAAACCGCUAUAGGGUUGGUCUGAACGUCUCUGUUUUAGACAUCUUUAGAGUUUAGGUUCUGUAGAAUGGUAGGUUUUAUGCUGGCAUAUAAUCGAAUUGUAUUGAGCGCUGAACUGGAGUCUUUAUAUAGUCACCAAGCUUUUAAGAGUGCUAGAUUAUAUCACAGGGUGUCUAUGGCAAGUUCAGAAUGAUGCACUAUAUUGCAGUUUUCUGCGAUGGUCCGCCUCCAAUGAUUCUUGCUGCGCAUAAUAAUGUUGCCGUCGUUGUAGAUUCUAUUCAUCCCCAGCAUGGUGUAGGUGGCGGGGUGACGGUAUGGCGGACGUCCCGCGAGUAGUUCGAUCGAUUUCCGUGAACCUUGUGCAUCAUGUAUCCUGAUAGCGACUUGGACACCGAAGACAUGACGCUCGCUGUAGCAACAAUACAGUAUUGUGAAAUUUA